CCGCGCGCUCAUUCGAUCGUCAGCGCGCACGCCGCGCACCUCGCGUCACCUGGACCACCACUAGUGCAACGAGCGCGAACUUUCAAAACAUUUUACUGCAAGUUUAUUUUUUCUGUGUGGACUGACUGUUGUGUGACAAAAUGCCUAAGAAUAUUUUAGCUGAGAUGGGGUCCCAAGUGGGCCUCACACCCCGGCAGAACCAGAAGGAGCCAGAACAAUGGUCUCGGCGGCAGAGCGGGCCGAUGAUCAACCCGUCGUUCGAGCCAGACGACUUCCUACCACAAAGCCUGUCACCGGUGAAGGAUGAGAAGAAGAGGCCGGGAGACAAGAGCAUCUUCCUCGUCAACAUGAAUGAGAAGACCAUCCCCGAGGUUGAGGAGUACGAGCCCUAUGACAACAGAGUCGUGGAACAUCCUACGACGAACUUGGAAACGUUUCUUCACUUGAUGAAGGGCAGUUUAGGCACGGGCAUCCUGGCCAUGCCUAAAGCCUUUUCCAACGCUGGUUACGUAGUCGGCUCAGUGGGAACUGUGGUCAUCGGUGUCCUAUGCACAUACUGUAUACAUAUCCUGAUUGACUCCUGUUAUGUGCUGUGUAAGAGAAGAAAAGUGCCAUCGCUGUCUUACACUGCGGCCGCGGAAGCAGCGCUUCUGGAAGGACCUGAUUGGUGCAAGGCCUGCGCUCCAUAUGCAGCGCACGUGGUGAACGCUUUCCUGCUGGUGUACCAAAUAGGAACCUGCUGUGUAUACGUAGUGUUUGUGUCUGAGAACAUUUACUACGUACUCACGAAGUACUUUCAUAUAGAAAUAACAGUUUUCCAAGUGAUGCUGUGCGUGCUACUGCCGCUGGUACUGAUCAACUGGGUUAGGGACCUGAAAUAUCUGGCUCCUUUCUCCGCGAUCGCAAAUGCGGUGACCAUCGUGGGCUUCGGUAUCAUCCUGUACUACAUCUUCAGAGAAACACCCACCCUGGCAGGCAAGGUCCCAGCAGGGAAACUGGCCAACUUCCCUCUGUUCUUCGGAACUGUGCUGUUUGCUCUCGAAGCUAUUGGUGUGAUUUUGCCCUUGGAGAAUGAGAUGAAGACGCCAAGAGACUUCGUAGGCAAGUUCGGAGUACUGAACUGCUCCAUGAUCAGCAUCAUCAUCCUAUACGUCGGCAUGGGUUUGUUCGGCUACCUGCGGUACGGUGACCUGUCCGAAGGCAGUAUCACCCUCAACUUGCCUUCUGAUAAAGACAUUCUCGCCAACGUAGUCCAGUGCCUGCUUGCCUUCGCAAUCUUCAUCACCCACGGACUCGCCUGCUACGUCGCGAUUGAUAUCUUGUGGAAUGAGUACAUCGGCAUCCGUCUACUGAACAGCAAGCACAGACUCCUGUGGGAGUACUUCAUCAGGACCACCAUCGUGCUUAUGACUUUUGGAAUCGCAGCGGCUGUACCGGCUCUGGAGCUGUUCAUCUCACUGUUCGGAGCUCUGUGCUUAUCAGCGCUCGGCUUGGCCUUCCCCGCCUUGAUUCAAAGCUGCACGUACUGGUACUACGUGUCCCGUUCCGAACGCAUCCGCAUGAUAGUCAAAAACGCAAUCGUUGUGUUGUUCGGAGCUCUGGGACUCGUUGUGGGUACUUGGACUUCACUUGAGCGCAUCAUCGCCACUUUCGGCACCGGCGGCAUUGAGGCCGCCAGCCACAACCACACCGUAGCCAUCAACACAACGGUAGCACAUUGAACAAGACCGGGCGGGAGCGUUGAACCACUCUCGUAGCCGUGCCAUCGCAGAACCGUCCGCAUUCAACAAUGCAACGAUUCUUCUUAGGUACAUACCCUAGGAUAUUGUAGAUGUAUAAGUAUUUUUUGAGGGACGUUUUCCAUUGAAACGUUAACAUAUAGUUUAUAAGAGAUGUAUUAUGAAUUGUUGACUCAUAUUAAUUGUAAGACAGCUUUAUUUUAGAGGUAGCAUAGUGUGAUAGGUAGACGUAGGUACAAUAUUUCAUGCUGUUUCAAUUAUCUGUACGCUCUUACUAUACAUAUAUUUAUCUCAUAGGCAACACGCAAGUGCUUUUGUUACAUUGUAAUAUUUUGACUAUUAUUUAUUAGUUCCAGUGACAUAAUUUAUUGCAAUAACUAAUCAAGUAUUAAAAAAUAAGUAUUUAAAUUAUUAUUUAGUUCAAUGACAUUUUCGUUUUGAUAAAUAAAUUAUUGAAUAUUGCCGUACGUUAUGAGCUGAUGGUAACCGUGCCCGACGACUCUGUGAUCAGUUAGUGAUAUAAUAAGCGUAAGUGAGUUCUUGCCGGAUCUGUAUCAAGCUGCUCGAAGGAUUGAAGCUUAGUUUUACGACUACUUUGAUCUGCUUUAACUGCUCGAUAAUCACAUUUUCACAGUACAACAUUCUAAUAUUUUAUAUCUGAUAUCUGUAAAGUAUUUCAUUUGACAUUUGUAACUAAAAAUAAUUUGUUUUUAUUUGAGAAUAUGUAUGCAUUUAGUUAUUUUAAUACAUAGGUAUGGCUAAUCAGGGGCGUCUUAAGCGCAUGUAGAGCCUGAAUGCUCUUACUACUACCCACUAAAGAAAGAUCGGGUUACCCAUUUUUUUUUUUUUUUUGACGGGGGAUAAUAAUCCAAUGACUUCUCCCGCCUUGGGCGAGGCGAGAGGGAGUGUCAGACUCUUACUGACUAAAAACCACCCCGUUCCUUCUCCUGCUUUUCGAGCCGGAGCCCCGGUAAACCCGCUAGGCAGUCCGCAGCUCCGGCACAGAGCUCCGGUACCUUAUACCCAUGCAGUAUAGAUUAAGACGCCCCUGUGGAUAGUUUUAAUGUUAUGCAACAAAGUACCGGUCUCAUUGUAGUUGUCGGGUUAAAAGUAAAACAACAGUAAGCGGUUGUAAUAGUAAGUCGUUAGUAUUAGUAGCAAGCGUAAGUGAUUAUCCUAAAUCAGUGAGAUUGAAUGUUAGUUAAAGGUGGCAUUUUGCUAGAGUUAAAGUACAAUCAGAAUAAGGAUUAAUUUUAUGUAAACACGCUUCUUCGAUGUUCCAGUUGCGUAUUGUUAUAUUUUAAUGAAAAGUUACAUACUAUUACACUUCGGAGCAAUGAAACGGAGCUACUAGCGUUUUUUUUUUUUCGUUUUCGUUUCUUGAUUAAUAUUUUCUGAUACAAAUAUCUUAUUAAUUGGUACCAUAUGUUGUAUGAAAGACAAUAUAAUUCCCUUUAAAAUAAGAAUAUUUUGUUGUAAAACGAAUAAUUAUUUUCAAAAUUAUAGAGAUUUUUUAAAAUGAUAAAGUGGUCCCGUUCUUUUGCUCCCAAGUGUAGUUAUGACCUGAUUCAAAGUAAUGUUGAACAUCGAUCAAGUUUAGUAUAACUGAAAGCAUUGUACUAGUAAGUCGUGAUUUUUUUUUCUUUUUUGUAAACAAUACAUGUCGCAGCUUCACGUAACGUUUUGAUACUCUUUGAUAAUAAUUCAGUUGGAUAUUAUGUGAAAAUUGCUGUCAGCCGUGAUCCUGGUUUACAUCAGUAGUUUCAUAAGGGCUAGUAAGGCUGUUAAGAUUGCACAGAGAAAUAUUUCAAACCGUUAAACGUUUUCAAUUAAUUUGGUUGUCUUAAAGAUUUUUAUUUAUGUUAAAUCUGACUACGAAUCAAAGUUUAGUUGUAAAUUCUAUGAUCUAUCCUCGCUAAAUUGUUACCGAUUAAACUUUUGGUUGUAUGUGACCGGACUUUACGUGGACUUGAACAAAUAAUUAGCAUUUUAUCAUAAUAAUAAUUGUAAAUUCUUAUAGAAAUAUUCAAUUAUUGACAUUGUUUCAGGCAGUAUCCUAUAUAAAUGUAGUUGUAACGUACUCGUACAAAUGCCAAGCGUGUUCCGGUCAUGCAUAUUGAUACAAACUGUGAUGUUGAUAGGUAUAAAUAUAUUUAUUAGGAUGUACUCAUGUAGUGUUUCGAUUAUUUGUUUGUUGUGCUGUGUGUUGGACACGACAGUGAUAAAGUGCUCAGAUGUGUAACUAGGUAAAACCCAAUGUAAUAAAAUUAUUAUCGUAAUA